CGCACCUUACCCAUUGCGCCGGGUUAUCAGUGCAGUAACAGCGACCAAAGUGUCCACCCGCCAUUGGAAAAUUUAGAUAAACCACCACCGAUUCUGGUCUCUUGUCAACAUCAUCACCGGACACCAGUCACCACCUCACUCGCCAGCAGACGAGUGAUCCAGUGGCAAAAGAGAAGCAGCAGGAACUCCCCCCGGCUUUCUCAUCCUUCGGGCCAACCCAUCACGGCCCAAGCUUUACCCUACGAACCAGGCGCAUAUUGCCUGAUUAUUAAUAAGAGAGAGGAACUUCUACAAAACCGAUUCUCUUUUUUUUUCGAUCCUCACGAGAUCUUUCUUUGUCGCAAACACCAUCAUCUCCAAGCAACACCACCAAAAUGGCUACUAUUUCCGCCAGCAGGACGGUCCCCAUGGCCGCCGAUGUCUCGAGGAUGGACCAGGGAACCACUCAUCCGUUUACGUGCAACACUUGUCAAGUCGCAUUCCGCAACAUCGACUUGCAAAAGGGUCACAUGCGCAGUGACUGGCAUCGUUAUAACCUCAAGCGCCGCGUCGCAUCCCUCCCGCCCAUUUCCUCCGAGGUCUUCACCGAAAAGGUUCUCCAGUCCCGCGCCGAGGUUACCGCGCAAACAGACAAGGCCAGCUUCGAGAUGACCUGCGAAGCUUGCUCCAAGACCUACUACAGCGAGAACUCGUACAAGAACCACAUCAGCAGCAAGAACCACAAGAUGAGGGCCGCUGCUUUGGCCUCGAGGGGCCCUGCCGCCAUUGGGCGCACAAAGGCCGACGACGAGGUUAGCUCGGUUAUGAGCUCGACUUUCUCUCUGGGCGAGCCCGCUUCAGAGGCCAAGUCCGAGGUCGAUUCUGAUGCCGAGGAGGAGUUCAACGAGGUUGUCGAGGGUAUCAAGCAGGCCAAGAUCGAGGAGACUGCCUCGCCCGUUGACCGUCCCGCCAACCCCCAUCUCUCUGCCGCCGACCAGCAUAAGGAGGACCACCCCGUGGAAGACGCUGCUGCUAGCGAAGAGCCCGAGACUUCCGGAACCGCCACCCCUACCCAGCCCGAAGCUGAUGCCACCGUCCUCAAGCAGUGCUUGUUCUGCAACUACGAGUCCCCCACUCCCGCUCUCAACGCCACCCACAUGGAGAGGAUACACGGCAUGUUUAUCCCCGAGAAGCAGUACCUCGUUGAUUUGGAGGGUCUUCUCGGUUCGCUCAGGAGACGUGUGUUUGAGCUGAACGAGUGUCUGAUGUGCGGCAAGAUGCGUUCCAACACUUUUGCCGUGCAAACGCACAUGCGUGACAAGGGCCAUUGCCAGAUUCCUUACACCACCGAGGAGGAGCAGCUUGAGAUUGGUGAAUUCUAUGACUUCCGCAGCACGUACUCAGACGGCGACGAUUGGGAUACCGAGGAUGAGGAAGAGGAAGAGGAAGGAACUGGCGGCGCCAAGCUGGGCGGCAAGCGCGAAGCCAAGGUCGAGGUUGUCGAAGGCGAAGAAGGCGACGGUGAAGGCGGCGACGAAGAGGGCUGGGAGACCGACAGUUCGGCCUCGUCUCUCGACUCGGACGACCUCCACGCCGUGCCCGGUGAGGGCCACUAUCACCAGUACGAGCGUCUGGCCAGCCACCGUCACCACUCGCGCGACGACCCGCGUCCCCACCGCCAGGCGGACGGCUUCCAUGCUCACAGCAGGAAGGGCGUCAACGCCGUCUACUACGACGAAUACGAGCUUCACCUGCCAUCCGGCCGCUCCGUCGGCCACCGCUCGCUCAACCGCUACUUCCGCCAGAACCUGCACAACUAUCCCACGCCCGAGGAGCGCCAGCAGCAGCUCCUUCUCGAAGCUGCCGGUGGUGAAGAUGGCGAAGAUGCAGAGAUGCAGUACGACAGCGACGGCGAGCCGAGAUUCAGGAGAAACAUGGAGGUUCAGCUCAGAGACCGCAAGGCGCACGGCAGGCACGUCAUCACGCGUGAGACAAGAGGUCUUAUCGGCGCCAACGGUAUCAGAGAUGUGGAGAGCAAAGAGGUGCGGAAGGUGGUGGAGAAGGGUCGCCAGAGGGAGGUGGACUCGUAUAAGCGCGCUGAGGUGGUGGGCAUGAAGAAGCACUUCAAGGAGAGACACAGGAAUCCUGUUUCUUACCUCAGGUGAGCGGUCAUUGCUUGUUGCAACCCGUUUGUGUCCUGGGGUUUGGCUUGGGUUUCUUUCCUGUAUGUUUCUGGUAAAAUUUUUGCAUGAGUUUUCUUUAUAUUAUCGAUACCAUUUUAUGCAUCGUCGUCGUCGCUUCUACUACUUUGCAACGGUUCAGGAUGAUGGUGAUAGUGACAGAGGUGAUUUCUGGGAGUGCGCGGACAUGGUCUUGUGAUGCAUAAUAGACAUGUAGACGCAGAAGCGCAAGAAAUGGUUCAUGGGUUUUCGUUUCAAUGAAUCACGGAAUAGACUUCUGCCAUACCCUGACGAAGUAGUUGUCAAAUUAAAUCUAAUAUGGACUGUCCAAUA